AUGAACGACGAAACACAAUUUACAGAAAAGGCAUUGGAUAUUCUGACGCUGGCUAGAAAGCUUGCAUUGGAUCAUCAACAUGCCCAAUUGCAACCAAUCCAUUUACUCGGUGCCUUUGUGGAACCUCCAGCAGAUGGUAGUGUUGCCUAUUUACAAAAUUUAAUCGACAAGGGUCGUUAUGACUACGAAACAUUUAAGAGAACAGUUAACAGAACGUUGGUGCGGGUGCCACAACAACAACCAGCUCCUACUGAGAUUACUCCCAGCUAUAGUUUAGGUCAAGUAUUACAAGAGGCUGCAAAGAUCGAAAAACAACAGAAGGAUACAUUCAUUGCACAGGAUCAUCUGUUAUUUGCAUUAUUCACUGAUUCCUCGAUCCAAAAAGUGUUCAAAGAGGCUCAGGUGGAUAUCGAGGCUAUUAAGCAGCAGGCUCUUGAGUUGAGAGGUAACCAAAGGAUUGACUCUCGUGGUGCAGAUACCAAUGUUCCGCUAGAGUAUCUAUCCAAAUAUGCUAUCGAUAUGACAGAACAGGCCAGACAAGGUAAACUAGACCCAGUUAUCGGUAGAGAAGAAGAGAUCAGAAGUACAAUCAGAGUGCUAGCGAGAAGAAUUAAGUCUAAUCCAUGCUUAAUCGGUGAGCCAGGUAUUGGUAAGACCGCCAUUAUUGAAGGUGUGGCUCAAAGAAUCAUUGAUGAUGAUGUACCUACGAUCUUACAAGGUUCCAAACUAUUUAGUUUGGAUUUAGCCAGUUUAACCGCCGGUGCCAAGUACAAGGGUGAUUUUGAAGAGAGAUUGAAAGGUGUAUUGAAGGAAGUCGAGGACUCAAAGACGUUAAUCGUGUUAUUCAUUGAUGAAAUUCACAUGUUGAUGGGUAACGGUAAGGAUGAUGCUGCUAAUAUCUUAAAACCUGCAUUGUCUAGAGGUCAAUUGAAAGUUAUCGGUGCUACUACGAACAACGAGUACAGAUCGAUCGUGGAGAAGGACGGUGCUUUCGAGAGAAGAUUCCAAAAGAUUGAAGUGCCCGAACCAACUCUUAGACAAACAGUUGCUAUUUUGAGAGGUUUGCAACCAAAAUACGAAAUUCAUCACGGUGUGAGAAUCCUUGACAGUGCCUUGGUUACUGCUUCACAAUUGGCAAAGAGAUACUUGCCCUACAGAAGAUUGCCAGACUCGGCUAUCGAUCUGGUCGAUAUAUCGUGUGCUGGUGUAGCUGUCGCUAGAGACUCGAAGCCCGAGGAGUUAGAUUCCAAGGAACGUGAGUUACACUUGGUCCAAGUGGAGAUCCAGGCUUUAGAAAGAGACAAGGAUUCUGAUAGUACCACCAAGGAAAGACUUCAACAAGUAAGACAAAAAGAAGCUUCGUUGGAAGAAGAAUUGAAGCCAUUGAGGAAACGUUACGAAGAAGAAAAGCACGGUCACGAAGAAUUGACCCAAGCCAAGAAGAAACUGGACGAAUUGGAAAACAAAGCAACAGACGCCGAACGUAGAUAUGAUAACGCUACUGCGGCAGAUCUAAGAUAUUUUGCUAUCCCAGAUAUCAAAAAACGGAUCGCAGAGUUGGAAGAGCAGGUUGCAGAGGAGGAAAAGCGUGCAGGAGCCACCUCGAUGAUCCAAAAUGUUGUUGAUUCCGAUACCGUCGCCGAGACUGCUGCCCGUCUGACCGGUAUCCCAGUGAAGAAACUGACAGAAUCAGAGAACGAGAAAUUAAUUCAUAUGGAACGCGAUCUAUCCUCCCAGGUUGUGGGACAACAAGAAGCUAUCAAAGGUGUAUCGAACGCUGUCAGAUUAGCUCGGUCCGGUCUCUCAAACCCAAGACAACCUGCCUCGUUUUUGUUCCUGGGUUUAUCCGGUUCAGGUAAAACAGAACUGGCAAAGAAAUUAGCUGGAUUUCUAUUCAACGAUGAAGAUAUGAUAAUCAGAGUCGACUGUUCGGAAUUAAGUGAAAAACACUCGGUUUCCAAGCUACUAGGUACUACAGCAGGUUACGUCGGCUACGAAGAAGGUGGGUUCCUCACAAACCAACUAAAGAACAAACCUUACUCAGUUCUAUUGUUCGACGAAGUGGAAAAGGCCCACCCUGAUGUCCUAACAGUGAUGUUACAAAUGCUAGAUGACGGAAGAAUCACCUCUGGUCAAGGUAAGACAGUCGAUUGUUCCAACUGUAUCGUGAUUAUGACGUCAAACCUCGGCGCGGAGUUUAUCGCGAACCAGCCGGGCUCAAAAGUUCAGGAAGCUACAAAGGGUCUAGUGAUGGGCGUGGUCAGACAACACUUUAGACCGGAGUUUCUAAACAGAAUCUCCAGCAUCGUUGUAUUCAACAAACUAUCAAGAAAGGCAAUCCACAAGAUUGUCGAUAUUAGACUCGCAGAGAUCGAACACCGUUUCGAGGAAAAUGAUAAACACUACAAACUAGACGUCUCACCCGAAGCUAAAGAUUUCCUAGCCAAAUACGGUUAUUCCGACGACAUGGGUGCACGGCCUCUAAACCGUUUGAUCCAAAAUGAGAUCCUCAACAAACUCGCCAUCCGUAUCCUCAGAGGAGAAAUCCAAGACAAGGAAACUGUUAGAGUCGUGUACAAACCUGGCACAGAACGCGGAUCCGAUAACUACGCCCAAAACGAUGCGCAAGACGGCGAGGGUCUAGAGGUGUUACCUAACAGAAACGCCGCUUCUGCGCCAAGCCGUACGGGUUUAGAAGAAGACAUGGAUAUCGACGACGAUGUGGAGUUGGAUUAG